AGUUCUCUGUCCUCUUCUCUGUGGUUUCUGAGACAAAGAGAAUCUGCUUUUAGGUUAUGUUUUCGCAAACUCUUGUUCACAUUUGAUUUACUGGAAUAGUAAUAAAGCCGAUUUACUUUUUGUUACCUUGGAAACGGUACUUUUUUGUAAAACUGUAUUAAAUAAUACAAUUUAAAAACGUUGAAUUCAUUGUAGGUGCUUGAAAUUGUAAGGUUUUUCAUUUCCGGUAUUGGGCUAGUAACUUUAUGAAUUUGAAUCAUAAAUUUGUAAUUGAUUGAAAGUUUCCUAUUAUAAUCCUCUGUGCAGCUUGAAGAUGGUAAGUAAACUAGAUCAAAAUGUUGUUAGGCCUAUUCUACUAUGAUUUUUGGACAAUAUAUUCACUAUUCGUAAUUGCCAUAGAUGAAAGCGUUUCUUUGUAAACUUACAAAAUUAAUUAAAAUGGAAUCUGUGUCUUUUACUGAGAAGACUGUUAUAUUAGUAGACGAAAUUGAUUGGAUGUAAUAUAUACGGUAAGAAUUACUAUUUGGAAUUACUAGGCUAUUUAUAUUGAAUUGUUUGGUUAUUGAAUGCUUAAAAAACCAAUAAUUUAUUUAUACUCUUACAGGUUGCAAUGCGUGCUCUUGGAUUUGAGCCAAAAAAGGAAGAAGUAAAGAAAAUGUUAUCAGAAAUAAACAAAGAAGAAUCAGGUAUGCUUUCGUAUGAAGAGUUCCUGAAAAUUAUUUCUCAGAAAAUGGCAGAAAAAGAUUCCAAAGAAGAAAUAAUGAAAGCUUUCCGGCUGUUUGACGAUGAUGAUACUGGAACAAUAUCAUUCAAAAAUUUGAAAAGAGUGGCUAGAGAACUAGGAGAAACUUUAACAGAUGAAGAAUUACAGGAAAUGAUAGAUGAGGCUGAUCGAGACGGCGAUGGUGAAAUAAAUCAGGAUGAGUUUCUACGAAUCAUGAAGAAAACAAGUCUCUAUUAGGACUCAGUUGCAUUGAUAAAAAUCAUUCCGAAGUUCUAAUCGUUCUUCUGUUUUCAACGUUAGAAGGCAGAAUAAGGAACGGAUACCAUGGCAAACUACUUCAACCAUGUUUAUUGUCGAUUGUCCCCAGAGUAUAUCUGUUCGUGCUCCUCAUUAGUUGUUAAGGAAUGUCAAUUCUAUAUAGAGAUUUCAAUGCAUGUAAUAAUUGCUUCAUGAUCAUCCAUAAAAGUGAUGCUCUCCGUUAAUUAGACUAUCUCUUUCAAAAUCAUUUAUACUUGAAAAGAUUUCAGAGGUCAUUCUUGUCAAAGAAUGGAACUUUUCUUGCCGCGUUUGCAUAGAAGUUCAUCUUCUACUGUUAAGUAUAAUAUUGUUAUUGUAUGAUAAUAUGCAUGUAAAAUUUCUUUGUUUGAAUAACUCGAUUAGAAAAUUAUUGUUCAGUUCGUGAAUAAAUUACGGCAUUACGAGUAUAUAACAUGUUCUUCUUGCACGCUGUAUUUGUAUAUUAUGUAUUUUGUUCUACUAUUUCGAAUAGUAUUCAAUAAGAUUGCUUAUGAAUGUUUCAUAUAAAAAUAUAUUCUACGUAUGUAUCCUAUAAAUCUUCAAAUGAUACAAUUAUGCAUUCCAAAUCUACCACCAUAGCUGUGUUGUCCGAAAUUUAGUCCAGGGUUUCCUUCCACAACUAUUAUUUUUGUUGAUGAAAAUCAUUUUCUAGCUAUCUACUCAGUCAAUUAUUACACUUUCCUUUACAAUAAUAUUAUCAUCGAUAAUUUAUUAAUGAGAAAAGGAACAUGGAAGUGGGUUUCUUGACUUUCAAAAAAGAAACAAAAAGAAGACUCUUAUUCUCAUGGCUUGUAGAAUUCAUCGGAUAAAAACUUGAAUGUAGGAGGACAAAUAAUUACAUGAUUUAGUCUCAUAAUUCCUCAGUAUUCUCCAAUUCAGUAUUAUUAGUAUACAAUAAUCGCAUGUUUCAUUAGUACUCAUCAUAAUAUAGUAUGGGUAAAUUCAAAUUGAUAAAAGUCCUCUAGAAAGUUCUUGCUUACUUCUAGUGCACUACAUAAUAAUUUUGAAUAACUUUUUGUCUGUUGUCGCGGAUAUAAAUUAUAAACAAAUAUAGCUCUAGUUCCAGAAAUUUUACUUCAAAAUAAACUAUCUUGCCAAUAUUGACGUUUCUAAAAAUUCUUCCAGCACAGAAUCAUUACUUAUUCGUAGCAGCUUCAAGUGCCUAUGCGAUAUUUACAAAAUAGAAGGAAUUUUUCUUCAAUUUAUAAACACUAGGCUAUUUCAUUAGCUUCACCUAGAAUCCAAGAACCUCGAAAAAUUACCUGAUUUUAUUGUUCAAUAACUGCAUGACUUGAUAAUCAUUGUUACGAAUCUGGCACCGCAUCCAUUUUUAUUAUCUUCUGAUUUUAAUUAAUAUUAUUGAAUUUGUAUCAUAUCAACACAGUAAAGGUGAAAAAACAAAUUACCACAUUAUUGAGACAUUGGCCUAACCUGGUUGAGCACAGGCAAUUCACUGAUCAGUAUGUGAAACUAAUCACCCCUAGUGUCCUGCUCUUGAUCUACAAUAUGUCAAUAAUGCACUUCUUGAAUUCACUAUUUUUAUAUGAAUUUUAUUCUGUUCAUUUUAUAAACGCAUCAAGUUAUUUGCUCAAAUAACAGUUUGGGAUAAUAGAUCCCUCACGCUAUACUAUAAUGUUACAAAAUAAGGAGUUGUAUUUCUUUUAUUAAAAUACUUAUUACUUUAAUUUCUGAUGUGUAAAAAAUAUUCACGGUUAUCAUUGGAAUAUUUGAGACUGACUAUUUUGUUCAGAUCACAAAUGUGUCCUAUUAUCAACAUUCCAGUUUUUUAGCAUCUUCGCAAUAUUCGAAUAUAAUAGAACUAAAUUAAUAAUGCUGAAUAAGGAAAAUAAAAAUUAUGAAAAAUGCAUCAUUGAUAGUGCUGUGAAAAGUGUAAAUUAAAAGUAUUGUGCUCACUAUAACCGUAGUGUCCGGUUUCCCAUCAGGGAACUUUGGGCUAUAUACGGCGAGGUGGAACUACCCUUGGGUCUCCCCACCACUCAAAGCCAUACGCUAAUAGUAAUAAUAGUGCUGUUCCCGGUCUGUAACUAAACACUUAUACAGUGUUUACGAACUCACUACCAAUACUCAAGGACAUUUUUCCUGGUAAGAAACAUAUCUAAAUAUCAAAUUUAAAUUGUCCGGAAGUCUUCUGUUACUCACACAGCGGCCUUUUUAAAGUUAACUUUUUUAGUAAAUUUUAUUACCUAUCGAUUCCUACCUGAUAUUUCAAGAUUGAACCAAUAUUAACUGAGAUAUGUCAGCUUUAGUGAUAGGUCACCACUGGGGGUUAGUUGCAGUGCAUGCCAAGGCAUGCGGCUAAAGUCUGCCCCAACAAUGCAAAAGUCUCCGUUUGCUUUGCAUGUCAUUUGUUAGCUAUUUUAGAUUAUUUUAAACAAUAAUCAUGUUACAUAAUUAAAUAAUUCAUGUUACAUAACCCUCUAAAGGUGGAUCACUUACCAUUAAAACUGCCAUAUCUCACUCAAUAUUCGUUCAAACUUAAUAAAUAAGAUGUCAAUCUAUUUGUAAUUAAAUUUACUAAAAAAAGUUAUUCUUGAUUUUUUUGUAAAUCCAACUGUUUCUGAGUUAUUCAAGAAACAACAUUUUAAAUGGCCGCCAUUUGUUUUAUGAAUUUGAAAAAUUAUCAUAUUUUUUGUAGCUUUGUCUAGUUGUUAUAAAUGAUUGUGCAAAGUUUCAAUUUCUUUUGUUGAACCUUUAUUUAGAAAAAAUAAUAAGUGAAAAAAUUAAAAUGGCCGCUGUGAGAGUAACUGAAGACUUCCGGACAAUUUAAGCAUCAUAUUUAGAUAAAUGUUCCUUCCCCAGGAACAAUGCCCUAGAGUAUUGGUAGAAGGUAAACACCCUGUAUAUUAUAGAAUAUAAAAGUUAUAUUCCAAUCACAUACUCAACUCAAUAAUAUUUUUGGAAUAAUGUUAGAAUAUACAGAUAAUGUUUAGCUCAUUACCUUGUCAAAUUAAAUAAAAACUACUGAAUAAGGUGAAUUCCACUCAUCAAAUAAAACACCAAAUUUAUGGUUGAGCUUAUACUAAAAUAAUAAAUACUAUACCCAAUGCUUUGAUCAUGUUGUAAUAAUAUCUGUGUUAUUGAUUUUUUAUUAAGUAGUUAUUUAAUUCUAGUCAUUAUCAUCUAUCUAUAAUAGUUAAUAAACUUCUGUUCGAUUCUGUUUUGACUUUCUGAAAAUAGUUGAGUUGGAAGGAAAUAUUUUCUGAAAAUAUUUGCUUGAGCAGCUAAACUUGAUCUUAUAUCCUGACCAAAUAUAAUGUAAAUUGGUCUCUGUAUAAAUUUGAAUAUGUACUUCAAAAGUGCUCUUCUUCAUAUGUACUUUGAGUAUUCAAAAUGUGUAAUCUAAUUAGCAAUUAUUUGCACUGUUUGAUAGUUUUUCUAGUUUAGCAAUGACUGUAGCUUUAGUUUAUAGUUUUAUUCAAAGCUUAUUUCAAUCUUUGAUUUUUUAUAAAAUAUUUAGGAGGUUUCCUAAUUCAUAUCAAAAUAUUCUAUUAUGGAAAUCAAAUAGCUAAUUUUGCAAUAUUUGAAAUUAACUUUGUUUAUUUUGAGAAAAAUGAUUCUUUGUUAUGCCAAUGAAUAUUUUUUAAUCUACUGAUAUACAUCAAACUUUAACAAAUAUAUUUCCCAUCCUAAUUUUUUUAAUUGUUGAAAAAUUAAUAGAUUAGUGAAAAAUCGGUGAUAUUUCACCGAUAAUAGGGGAGAAUACCUUGAAAGUAAAAAAUUGAGUAGAUAUUUAAAAUGUUUCCUAUUGUACCUACAUAGUUGUAAAAGCUGUGUUUCAUCUGUACCUGCCUAGUUGCAUUUCUAUUUAUGAGAACUUGUUUAUAUUUCUAUUUAUUCUACUGCUGUUUGCUUAGAAUAAAAUUAUCCGUUGUAUCAGUUGAAA